AUGACCAAAUUCAUUCAAACCUCAGAAUCUCGGUUUCUAUCCACUGAGACAGCACUAAGAAAUCAACAAGCCUCUAUCCAUAAUCUAGAAAUUCAGUUGGGUCAAAUUUCUAGACUCCUCUCAGAAAGACCCCAAGGAAGCUUGCCUGGCAAUACUGAGACUAAUCCUAGGGAGCAGGUUAAUGCAGUAACAUUAAGGAGUGGCAGAACAUUACAAGAGAAGGGGAAGCAAGAAUCAGAAAAAGAUGCAGUUGAAGAGGAGGAUAAAUGUCAAGAGGAGACUGUGGAAAAGCCCCCUUUAGUGAAAGAAUUCAUACCCCCACUUCCCUACCCAGCAAGAUUGAAGAAAGACAAGGAUGAUGAACAAUUUGGUAAAUUUCUGUCCUUAUUUUGUCAACUUCAUAUUAAUUUACCGUUUGUUGAUGCCUUGGCACAGAUGCCCAAGUACGCCAAAUUUCUGAAGGAUCUACUGUCCAACAAGAAGAAAUUGGAGGAGUUGGCCACAGUAACUCUGAAUGAAGAAUGCUCAGCAAUUCUGCAAAACAAGAUGCCCGAAAAAUUGAAGGAUCCAGGGAGUUUUACUCUUCCUUGUCUCAUUGGUAGAUUGAUAGUUGAUAGGGCUUUAGCUGAUUUAGGUACUAGCAUUAAUUUGAUGCCAUAUUCUAUUUUUAAGAAAUUAGGUUUAGGGGAACCUAGGCCAACUAGGAUGAGUAUUCAAUUAGCUGAUAGGUCAAUUAAAUAUCCUAGGGGUAUCAUUGAGGAUGUGCUUGUAAAAGUGGACAAAUUUAUUUUUCCUGUUGAUUUUGUGAUUCUUGAUAUGGACGAGGACACUGAUGUCCCCUUGAUCUUAGGUCGUCCAUUUUUAGCUACUGCAGGGGCUAUAAUUGAUGUGAGGGAUGGAAAGUUAAUUUUGAGGGAAUUCUUGAUUUCAAACCCAUUGGAAAGAAGCUUAGUUCAUGAUAGAGGAAAAUAUGAUAUGAGCUUGGUAACUCAAGAACAGUGGUGUCAUUUAGAAGCCACUAAGCCAUUAUGGAGAAAAAGAGACUUCAAAGUUUUGGAGUGGAAAUCAGAGAAGCAACCCAACCCAUCCAUUAAUGAACCACCAGAUGAAAAAUUGAAGGCCAUAGUAUCUACUCCGCACUUGGCCAUAAAGUUUCUGUCUGAGAGGGGCCGAAUCGUUAUAGUUCAUGCUGAUCAGAAAACGGCUAGAGAAUGCUACUUUACAAGUUUACGUCUUAAGCCUUUCCAUGGGAGCAGCCGAGAUGUCAACAUUAUAUCCCCUCGAUUGGAAGAGGAGUUGGAUUUUGAACUUGAUCCUAGAGUUGAUGAAGGAUAUCGAUAUGCCCGGCAUAGACCCUGCAUUUAUCUGUCAUCACUUAUCAGUUUAUAA